AUGAUGAGUGGUUUCAAAAGAUCGUUUUGGACUUCCAAACAUAAAAAGACAGACGAUGAUCGGCAAAAACCAACUUCAAGAUUCGGGUUUUUCUCUAACCCGUCUACUCCAAAGUCUGAGACCCGACCCGAUUCAGCUGGCUCUACCCUUCGUUGCCAGAGUUGGGCUGCUACGGCCCUGGCCACUCCCUCACUGUCUCUUCCCGCUAGUCCCAAUCUUCAGUGCACAACUCCCGGCGACGUAACUCCGAUGCCGACUACGCCAAGGAGAAACAGAAGCCCUCUCUCUCUUCUCAGCGUUUCAUCUUCUUCUUCUACCCCUUCGUCACCGAAAUCUCCGGCCAGUUUCUCUCUCCUCAAAUCAAGACUCUGUUUCAGCAAAAGUAGCAGCAGCAGAUGUGGAAUUUGCUUACAGAGCGCGAAAGCAGGGAGAGGAACGGCGAUUUUCACGGCGGAGUGUUCGCACAUUUUUCAUUUUCCUUGCGUGGCUUCACGCGCCGGUGAUCGGAAUUUACUCGCCGCCUGCCCUGUUUGCGGUGCCUCAUGGAGAGAGACCUCGCUUCUCCCUCUGUCGCUUUCUUCUUCUCUCCACGAGCCGGAUACUCAAAAAUCCCCAAAAUCCGGAUCCGAAUCCGAUUCCAGGAUCCGAGAACCCAAGAACAGCAAAUCCUUAAGACUCUACGACGACGACGAGCCUUUGAUCUCCUCUCCAAUCUCGCCUGCCGGUUUCAACACCAUACUGGAAUCAGAUGAAAACGACUACGACGAGGAGGAAGAUGAUAACGGCGACUUCAAAGGUUUUUUCGUUAACACGCCGUCACCAUUAACGGCGAAGAAAUUGUUGACGGAUUCCGUUUUGGGACACGUGGACGUCAAGCUGUCUUCGGAGGCGCCAAUUGUGGCGGUUGGAAGAGGUUUCGAGACGUACUCAGUGGUGAUGAAAAUCAAAUCGCCGCCGUUGCCAACGGCGCGUAGGUCUCCGGUAGAUAUAGUAACUGUCCUAGACGUUAGCGGAAGCAAGACUGAAAUCGUUAGACGAGCGAUGAGACUGGUGAUUUCGUCUCUACGAGAGACGGAUCGUUUGUCGAUGGUCUCGUAUUCAUCGAGUUCGAAGCGAUUGACGCCGUUACGGAGGAUGACGGCGACAGGAAGAAGAAUAGCUCGUCGGAUCGUCGACAAUAUCUCCGGUGAUGGCGACGGAAUGAGCGUGAACGAUGCGGUUAAGAAGGCGGCUAAAGUGAUCGAAGAUCGCCGGCAGAAAAAUCUGUUCACCACCAUCUUCGUCUUAACGGACCGUGAUAGAAACUCGGCCCAUCAAGCCCAAUUUAUUUCGUCCACGCGCGUCUGUCACUCAGAAAUCCCAACGCACACCUUUUAUCUCGGCGCGUGUAAUCACCUUCACCCGGAGGAAGCGUUUGCGAAAAGCAUUAAAGGUUUGAUGAGUUUAUCAGUUCAGGAUCUUACUUUACAACUCGGAUUGGUUUCCGGGUCGGGUCAAGGAGAGAUUACGUCGGUUUACUCACUAUCGGGUCGACCGCUUUGGCUUGGAUCCGGAUUGAUUCGGUUGGGUGACAUGUACGGCGAUGAAGAAAGAGAAGUGUUGGUGGAACUCAAAUCACUUGCAUCUUCUUCGUCUGGUAGAUCCCAGAGAACUAUGACCGUCCGAUCUCGCCACGUGGACCCUUCAACUCAGGAAAUAAGAAAUUCAGAAGAUCGAGCGCUUUUGAUACCACGUCUUACUGCUGUUAGAUCAUCUAACACGAGCAUCGAGAGGCUCAGAAACCUCCACGUCAGCACACGAGCCGUGGCAGAAUCUCGGCGGCUAACGGAUGCUAAUGAUUACUCGGGAGCGGAGCGAAUGCUGACAUCAGCUCGAGUCUUGUUGGUGCAAUACGGCUUAAAUUCCAGUGAUGCGUGCUUACGUGUUUUGGACACUGAGCUGGCAAAUUUUAACCGUGUGAGAGGUAGACAUGUGGUGGUGAAGAGCCUAGAGCCAGUGGCUCAGAAGACUGAGCCGCUUACUCCAACUUCAGCAUGGAGAGCGGCUGAAAGGUUGGCCAAAGUUGCGAUCAUGAGGAAGCAUAUGAAUAGAGUGAGUGAUCUCCAUGGCUUCGAAAAUGCUAGAUUCUAG